AUGUUAAGUUUCCGUUUAUCCAAUCACAAGACAAACGUGUUAACUCAAAUGCUCAAGUGGACAGUAUCCAGAUCAAUGUCAACCGCAAGUUCGACGUCCUAUGUUCCACCUACAAUGCACAAGACAACCCGUAAACCUUUUCGCGACCUUUCAAAUACACCCCCUGCUGAUGGAACAAGGUCAAAAGUCACACCACAAACAACAGUUGAUGUAGAUAAUAGUAAUCCAUCAUCUAAAUCCACCCCAGGACGCCGGCGACGUUGUAGGAGUCACGGGAGUGAUGUUCGUGCCUACUUUCAGGCAACAAAACCACAUACAAGGUCAAACAAGCGUCAAUCAAUCGCUAAUGAAACCUUGGAAUUGCCAAAGACGGAAAGUUCUUAUCACAGGACACCUCGAAUAGACACGGAUAUCGGUCCUUUGACAUAUAUUCCAGAUAAUUAUCACAUUUCAAAGUGUCCUGUAGCACUAACUUUACCAACAGACCCUACUUCGUUACCUCAUACUUAUUCAAAAACGUUUCAUCAUGUUAAUAAUAAUAAUAAUGAACUACCUCAAAACGUUAUGAAUGAAGCACGUGCAAAUCUUCAGUCACAUGUGUCUGAUUUCUUUCAGCAAAUAUCUGUUGCUGGCAGCCCUGAAGAUGUCAUGGAAGCUGGUUCUGUACCUUUAUCGAGAUCUAGGUUGUUCUUUAGGAAUAUUGAUAGAAUGAAAUCGAGCUCAAGCCCUGAGGGUAAACCUCUUUGUUAUCCAAAAUUAGCAAAAAUAAGUAAACUACAUGCAAGAUGUAGAACACCGUAUCAUACAAAAGCACCUCAAUUUAAAUUGAGAGAAACUCCACUUGCUAAAGAACUCGCAAGCUUGAAAAUAGAUCAAGACAUUCCGAAAUUUGAGAAUAUGGAUAAUACUGUUACGGAGAUUCUCAAUAAACAACAGCAAGAAACAAAUCUUUGUAGCAAUAAAAUAGAUGAUGAAAUUGAUAAAAAGACGAGGUCAGACGGAGACAGUGUUCCAACGCGACUGCAUCUAAAUGAUAAAGAUAGUAUAGAUGAUAAAGAUACUUGUAAAUUUAUAGAAGAACAGAUGAUUAAUGAAGAUGAAGGGAAAGCUGAUCACAAUGAUAGUUCAGUAUCUUCAGCUAGUCAACUAUUAGAAAAUCCUUCACCGAUAUCUUGGGCAUUUCGGUCUCCUUCUAUCGAUUCAGAUGGAGAAUUCACCCUCAAACGUCAGCGAGGAAUUAGAAGAAAACGGCAACAAAAAGAUCAAGGUAUCAAUAAAAGCUCUGGUAGCAAAAGGGCUAAAACUAGGUCUCAAAGUGUAAGUCCAGCGACCAGGAAAAAAAUUUUGGAAGGUGAUGAACCUCCUAUUCAGGCUGUAAAUCUUCACGUUAAAAAAAUAACCCUCGAAACGGAUUUGGAUUCAAUAUUUGAUGAAAAAAUAGACUCAAAAAUAUUAAAUCAUUAUCAAAAAAACGAAGAAACUAAAAUGAACCUGUGGGAUCUUGACAGUCCGAAAUCGUCUUUGAUAGAUGAUUUUCCGAGUUCUAAAAGCUCGUUUGUUCAUUCUGCGAAUGAAACCUCCGAAACACCGCUUAUUGCAACUGUUAGACGAUGUUUAAAAUAUAGUCCAGAAGUUGAAAUACCAGAAUCAAACUCCAGAUCGUCUAUUGAGUUAGAAUAUAACAUCAUUGGAGAUUCUAUUCACAUCCGAGUAAUACGCUGCAAGGAUUUAAAACGUUCUUACGAAGGGCCGAUUCACGCCUACGUAAAGGUGAGCUUAAAAAAUCCAAAUGGUGGAGGUGUAGUAAAAAGAACAGCCGUACACCGUGCAACACCAAAUCCAGUAUUCCAUGAAACGUUAAUUCUACCUUACCCAAAUCACAACUGUACAGACAGAUCUACGUCCUUAGAUAUUGCCGUUUGGCACCGAGAUCGACGUGCAAGACGCAGUGAGCUCCUGGGCUGCAUGACUCUACCUCUACCUUUGGCACAAGACAAGGAAGCGACAUGGCAUCCUUUACAAGUCGGAUCUGUUCGAAAGACAAGUACACCGUACGCAAAAUUGUCUCAAGAUUGUACGGUGUCACCACCUUUGUCAAAAGACGGGGAUCAUACAGAUAACAAUUCCAAUGCAGAUGACUUUACUUAUCUUAGACAUUUGGAAUUAGAACCAUUAGAUCCGCUAACGGGGUUACCAUUGAACCCUGGAUUCACAGCUAGGGGUGGAAGAACUCCUUGCACAAUCACUAGACGCUUAAUUCGACAAAGUGGUGCUAAGCAGAUUCCGUGGGGUUUCUCAUUGUCUUGGGGUCGUCCUCCUCGAGUAGAACGUGUGGAUCCAGGAAGCCCAGCUGAAAGGGCAGGUUUAAUGCCUGGUGAUCACGUUGUUUUUGUGGAUACGACAAAUGUAGUCACGCGAGCACGAGAAGACAUACUAAACUUUAUUCAAGCAGCUACUAAUCAACUAAUUCUUGAAAUUUACCGCAAGUCAGGCGCACAUGUUAACACGCAACGACCUAGUCUGGUGAAUGUGACGCUACAACCUGCGCUAGAUCAGCCCAAUGGCCAGGGAGCGAUCGCCUUCACCGCUGAGGUAUUUCCACACAUUUCACCUGAUGCUCCACCGGAGGAGGAACUCAAUGUGAGAGAAGCUCGAUACUGGGGAGCGUUAAAAAGCGGUAUAACUCGGUUUUGCGUACCAUUGGCAGAACGCCGUGAUAUCCUUUCCGCCACUGAUCAUGCAAUUCUAUUUCAAAACCUGGAUGAACUGCUGAAGUUAUCAGAAGAGAUAAAAGACGAGGGUGGUGAUGUAGAAAGUUAUUUAACUCGGAUACCACGAAUCACUGCAAGUUACCGUAGAUACUUGAGUGGUCUCCAAAGAGCUUGUUGUCUGCUUGUGGCAUUAAGAAGGAAUUCAGUAUUUGCGAAGCUGGUAUGUGAACCAGCCGUUCCGCAUAAACGUCGCCCUGAUAUAACUGGAGUCUUAUUGCUUCCGUUGGAGCACUACAGAGAGAUGACGAGACUACUCGGCCUAGCUUCACCAAGGAACUGCCAGCAAGCUAGAGAUCUGGCUCAAGGUUAUCGAGAAGCCACUGCUAAUGCUGGAGUCAUGGAACCUCCGAGGGAUACUGGGAGGCCUUUGUUAAGUCUCCAAGAAGUUGAAUCCCGAUUGGUGUUAUUCGGUGGAGCCCUGGUAAAAGUAGAAGGUCGUCGACUUCAACCAUCAUGGGCACUUUUGUUGAGUGAUCUACUGGUGUUUGCGCGUGUCUCACGUGAUCGUGUACUUUUUGUGACGGAAGAGCCACUUCGCUUAUCAAGUAUCGCUGAAGCAUGUUUUACCGUACGUAAACGUCCUACUGAGUUUCGUUUACAAGUAUCAAUUACACCUAAUGGCAGUUAUGAAAACGGGCAUAUAGAUGCAAUGCAAAGUGGUGGAUGUAGUCCCCAUAGUCGUCCUCGCAGACGUAUUCUUAUUUUACGUGCACCUACUCCUGAGCUCAAAGCAGUAUGGCAUAAUCUUUUACAGCGUCAAAUCAUCUAUGUGAAUACAGGCUGCACGGAUACACCGAGUAUACACAGUCCUGAAGAAAGUCACUAUACUGGAAACCAUUUCACCAUUGCUUGUGAUCCCAAUACUAGUCCCCAGAUUACCAUUUCAAGAAACUCUCGUGAGCCAGAGGAGGACAAGCUUCAAGAUGAUCAAGACAAUUUGGAGUCAAUUAUAAAACCAAUUAAUGAUUCAAGUCAAAAUAACAUUCAUUUAGCCCAAUGGGUUCGUAAUUCCCAUCAAAUACCUCCACCAGAUUACGAAGUCCCACCAGAAGAAUGGACAGUCGAAGAAUUGGCAGCUCGAGCUCCUAAAGAAUCAAUAAGUAGCAAUGUUAACGAACAAGUAAUCGAAGAAAACGUAGCAACUAACUCAGAUCAAGAACAACACAGUACUACUUCAAGUGCCAGUUUAUCGACAGUUAAAUCUACAACCGUCAAUUCUAAAAAAAAUGGCAGUUUUAAAGAUGCACCUUCAGGAUCGAUCAACAUCUGCCGAAGGUCUGGAUGUCCGACACCGCCACCUCUGAGGGAUCCUUUUUCACCUCUUCCACCAAAAAUAUCUAUUCUUCCGCCAACACCUGAUCUAUGUCCAAUGUACAAAUUAAAAAAUGGAUCCCAAGAUAGUCCGAGUAAAAACUGCACUACUGCUGAUGAAAACACCGAAGAUGGCAGUGAAGAUGAUUUGGAUUGUGACGAAGAACCGCCUUACAGAGCACUCCGAAGAUUUGGAACAAUGAGUAGCUUAGAUCAAGAAGAUGAGUUAGAUGAUCAAGGAGAUGAUGAUAACCGUGAUUUAGAGUCUCCACCAACAGUUUUAAAGUCCUGGACAGCAAGAGCUAGCGAUUUCGUCGUUAGUAAAAUGGUUUUUUUAGAACAAUUGAGUGAAGGAGUUGGUAGUUACUUACUUCAGCCUCCCGUACCACCUGAAAGGACUGAAUUUUCACUAGAUCCCAAUGACGAUGAAGGAACGACUUCCGGUGGAACAUCUGGUGAUGACAUAUGGGGUACACCAACUUCGGGUGGACCAGAUGAUGACAGUUUUACCGCCAGCCCCCCGUCUAUCAAUGGCAACGUUCUCGGCGAGGACAAUUAUGGGCUCACAUUGAAUACUGAUGAUGAUGCUGACGAAAGUGGUGACUCCGAAGACUGCAACGUGCCUGAAAUCAGUAUGGAUCAACUGCUAGGUAGCAGUAACUUUUCAUCUCUUCGAUGUAUUCUUAACCGUAGACGACUGGAGCCACUUCCCGAAGAAGACGAUUCAUCUGAUCUACAUAAAAAACUUUUGGAUGUUGACUCUGGUAAAGAAUCCAGUCAAAUUGAUAAUCCGCCAGUGAAAAAAACCGAAAAACGAGUAACACUUGUGGAAACAGCUACAACUCCAAAGCCACUAGACGUAGGAAGAAUUCUAAAACCGGCUUUAAAGAAUUCAAUAGCUAAUUCUAGUAAUGAAGCUGAAAGUAUUUCUAGAAUGCUUGAUAGAAGACGAUUGAAAAGGAUGGAUCUUGAACACGAAAGAAGAAAACAUUUAGAAGAAUUGAGAAGACGAUCGGAAAGAAUCGAUGAAGUCUCUGAAGAUGAUCAAGACGAACAAAUACCAGUGAGACCUCGAGAAACUACUACUUUUCUCAACCGUCUGAGAAUUCGCAGGCGUAGUAUCAAGUUGUUAAGUUUUUUAAGU